AUGGAGCAAAGUAAAACUAAAGUUAAAAAGAAGCCGACAAAAAUUGAGGAGAUGACAAAAGAACAAAUCCAAAGGGCUAUUAUUAAGAAACGAGAGUGCAAUGCUAAAGCUCAACAAAUCGUUGAAAGCCUGUUAGAGAAAUGUAUAAGCGAAAAUGAUUUACUCCAGUGUUUACCAGACAUAAAUCAAAGCCAUUUCGAAGACAUCAUAGAAGAGCGAUCGAUUGUACAUCUCUGCGGUUAUCCUCUUUGCCAGAAUGCAGUCUUUGAAAAAGAUAUACCUAAGCAAAAGUAUAGAAUUUCGACGAAAACCAACAAAGUAUACGAUAUCACUGCUCGGAAGAGUUUUUGCAGUAAUAUGUGCUAUAAAUCUGCCAUGUAUGUCAAGAAACAGAUGCUUACCAGCCCUUUAUGGUUCAGGGAAUAUGAAAUUGUACCAACAUUUCAUAUUUUACACCAAGACGUAGUUGGAAGUCUUGGACAAGAGAUUGAUUUAAGUCUGAUUGAAAAAAUUAAAAUUAAACCUGAAUUUACAUCUAUUAAUGAUUUUACUAAAGCCAGCUUAAGUGACGUUCCAGAAAAUGGGAAUAUUUUAGAAAAUACUUCUAAUAAUAAAGUAUUCAAUGAAAAAGGAAAGGUGGAACAUGAUUCCACAAAAAUCAAGGAAAACUGUGUAUCUCAAAAGCACAUAACAAAAACAACAACCAAAAAAGACACUGAACUUUCUAAUAGCACUGAGCAUACUGACAAAAUAAAUCAUAUGACACCACAUAGUGUCAAAGAAAACUCAAAUGUGAAAGUUAAAACUGAAAUGUCCCCUAGGAAACCAAUACCUAACCCAUUGAAUAUUGUUGGUGAUAUAAUUGAAAAGCCAGAGAAGAAAAUUGACCCCAUACUGUUAGAGCCACCACCGCUUAGCAAAAAAGACAAGACGCCAACCCCUAAAAAGUUAUUUACAAAGAAACAACCCUCUGUUAUUGCUAUCACUAUUGAGGUAGAGAAAUGUCUGGCCGAGUGGUUCACAUUGGACACUCUACUCUUCCUAUUUGGUGAUGACAAAGUGAAAGAACUAGUAGAAGAUAAAGGAGAGAGCAUUAAAGAGUAUUUAAAAAAUCAAGCACAGAGUAUUUUCUACAAAUCAAAUUCAUACGAUCAAUAUCAAGCUCUGUGCCGUAAAUUAAACAUGUUAGAGUUAGAAGAUAGAAAAUAUGAUGCACAAACAUUAUGUAGAGAGAUGAAACCAUUACCUGAUUAUACGAUGCUAAAAGAGGAAAGCCAAAAUCUACAGUUAAAGGUAAAAGCAUUCCUUGCAGGGGAAACAGAGAUUCCAGGAGUUUGUAAUACAGAGACCACCGCACCAACAGAAGAAAAUAUUACACUAUUACCGCUAGUAGAUAAAAAUGCCCAGAAUGCUUUAAGACGAAGAAUAGUGUGCGAACAUUUAAACAAAGUAUUACCAGACUUAUUAAGAUCCCUUGGAUUAUUAACACUGUCUGUUAGUGGCGAUGUUAAACUCCUAGUAAAUACAUUUCAAUUACAGCCAAAUAACAUUAUGUUUAAGCCAAUCCAGUGGACAUUGAUUGCUAUAAUAUUCAUUAAAUUACUAUCUCUAAGGGAUAGACGGUUAGAUUAUUUACUGAGGGAGCAAAUGGCAUUUCAACAUAUGCAAUUGUUAUUAUUGAGUUAUAAGCAAGAUGGGGGAUAUCUAGAUAGAUUAAUAUUAUGGCUUACAGAUGUUGAUAGACUUUUGGAUGUCAAUGAUAAACAACUCACAAUUGAAUAA